AAAUUCUUUUCCUUUAUGGUUUGUCUAAAGCAGUGAAGGCUACCUGGAGAUUAUGGCAAGUGGAGAUAGCCCCUUUCUGACAAUGGUUUCUGGGAGCAAAGAUGGGAGAGCCAGUGCCAGUCUUAAGGAAGCAGUGAUUCAGGAGUCAGGAUACUGUAUUUAGGGGGACAUAGCCCUGCAUUUUGACUGCCUCUGUGGUUUUAGAGAAACCCACAUUCUUGCCUCAGUUUCUUCCUUCUUGUAUCUUGAUAUCCUCCAUCUGUAAUAGAGAUGAAUGGGGAUAGUGCCUUUGUAUCAGUACUUCACAUUCAAGUAUGUUUCUGAAGUUAGCUGAUCUGAUCAUCAAAUCUUUUUGAAGUGCAUCAGAGGAGCAAACCCUUCCAGAAUACUAUGCUCAGUCCUUUAGGAAGGAGAAGAGUCACUCCCCUAAUAUGCCUUCUCUGGCAACCUACGUUUUCAUGUAUUGGGUUUACUUAAAAAUUGAGGCCUAACUAUAUUCCUAUAAUGUCUUAGACAAAAUGUUAAGUUUAUGUUCCUUUAACCACUAGUAUUGUCUCGGCAUUUAGAGUUUUGGUCAGUGGGAGUGCAUGAACCCCUGUAGGAAAGUCUCCAUGUAAUCUUGAGAAAACCAUUUGUAGCUAAAAGUCAUCUAAUAUGUGACGAAAAAAAGGAAAACUAUAUACUGUUACAAGAUGGGGUUUAGAUGAUCUCAAAAGAUCCCUUCCAGCUUUGAUAUUCUGUAAUUUAGACAUGGGUUUUAACUUUCAUGUAAAGGGAGUCUAUUGAGGAAGCAAUGUAUAAAAAUAGGACAGUAAUACCUGGUAGACUUAGAUUUACUUUUCCUCAUUCUGGAAUUCUUGGGAGCAUUGAUAAAAAAAAAAAGAUGGAUUGAGUUCUUGGUACUUGCAGUAUUUUUUUAACGAUGUCCCAGCUCCUUGACGUUGAUGACCAAACAACCAAGCCAGUCCCAAGUGUACAGCUGCACAAUGAAGACGUCCCUUCAGGCAGUAUCUAAGAAAGCGACUAGAGAAGCCACUGCCAGGAACCGAGGACUUUGCAGCCCAACUUACCUGGCUAAUGAUGGAAGUCGGGUCCUUGUUCUCAAUGAGCUGUUGGAGAGGGAGGCGCAUUCCCCUUUUUACCAGGAAGGUGUUAGCUAUUCCUUGCUGAAGAUGGCAGAGCUUGGGCUGACACAUGCAGCUGACGUCCUGUUGCAGAAUGGAGCCAACCUCAACUUUGAAGAUCCUGUCACUUACUACACUGCUCUGCACAUUGCUGUCCUCCGCAACCAGCCUGACAUGGUGGAGCUGCUGGUGCAUCAUGGGGCCGACAUCAACAGGAGAGACCGGAUCCAUGAGAGCAGCCCCCUGGACUUGGCCAGUGAGGAACCUGAGCGGCUGCCCUGCUUGCAACGCCUCCUGGACCUUGGGGCUGAUGUUAAUGCAGCUGACAAGCAUGGAAAGACAGCUUUGCUUCAUGCACUAGCCAGUAGCGAUGGGGUCCAAAUCCAUAACACUGAGAACAUCCGCCUCUUGUUGGAAGGAGGAGCAAAUGUAAAGGCCACCACCAAAGAUGGUGACACAGUCUUUACAUGCAUCAUCUUCCUGCUUGGUGAAACAGUGGGAGGGGACAAAGAGGAGGCCCGUAUGAUCAACCGGUUCUGCUUUCGUGUUACUCAGCUGCUACUGACCCAUGGAGCAGACCCUAGUGAAUGCCCACCCCAUGAAUCUCUCACCAAUAUCUGCUUCAAGAACUUUAAACUUCACUUUCCACUCUUGCGCUUCCUUCUGGAAUCUGGAGUCACCUACAAUUGCUCCCUCCAUGGCCCAUCUUGCUGGUCUGGCUUCCAUAUUGUCUUUGAGAGACUCUGUUCCCACCCAGGCUGCCCUGAAGAUGACAGCCACUCUGAACUCCUGCAGAAAGCAGAGACUAUCUUGGAGCUCAUGGUAGCUAGUUCUCAGAGAAUCCAGCUGCCUAGCAACUUUGAGAUCAACCCUGCUGGUUCCCUGGCAGAAAAGAUUAAGGCCCUCUACACUUACUUGAAGCAACUAGAAUACUGUCCCCCACCCCUUAAACAUCUGUGCCGUGUGUACAUUCGCCAGCAGCUCCAACCUUGGCCUGUGGAUGUCAAGGUCAAGGCCCUACCUCUUCCUGACAGGCUAAAGUGGUAUCUCCUCAUUGAGCACAGUGGUUCUAAUGAUGAUGAUGUCUGAUAUGACCCAGGCAAGUCCCUUCAUCUUCCAUUUGUCUCCCCCCAGCCCUGUCCUCCUCCCCCUCCCCUGGAUCUCUGAGAUUUCCCAGGUUGAAAGGCACAAUGGUUGGAGCAGCUUUAAUGUGACAGUUUGACCACUUGUGCACUAAAUGAGUGUAGGUCCCUGGGUUCUGGGAGGAGAGAUGGGGUAGCCCCUUUCCUCAUUUAUCUCCAUCUAAACAAAAAGAGGUUUGGGAAAGACCUGGUUCUUGAUGGGUGCUAGGAAAGAGAUACGUGGGUAUUCCCUAGCGUUUCCGACUGGGGUGCUUGAUAAUAGAAGCUUCACUCAUUCCUAAUAUAAGAUGCAUUAUUAAAGGUGGCUUUGCCCCAUGGGCUAAGGAUCCCAAUCCUUGCCUGAAGGGAACAGGCACGGGAUUCUAGGUUUGGGAGAAGCUCGGUUAUCCUUUAAUUUUCAUCUCUUUUAAGUGAGAGUUUACUUGCUGUGCAGCAGUCUGUCCACUGAAGCUCACAUGUAGAUAGUACUGGAGGGAACAAGAAAUCUGCCCAUGUUGGUACAAAGACUACUGCUCUGUGAAACUCUCUUAGGUUUUAGCAGGCAUUUGGUCUUCUGGGAGCUGCAGGAAAUUUAUAUUCUUCCCGGAGAAGCCACUUAGUCACAGGUGAUGUUAUUUAUUCCCUCUAAUUGAAGGGAUUUUAUGAGGGUUGUCGGUCUCUUUCAAAAGCUGAAGACCCAGAAAUGUGUUCUGUUUCAGAGAGAGAGGUAUGGGAGGGGGCAGAGAGGUCAGACAUGUAGCCCUUUGCCCUCUGCUGUUUUCCACCAUGGGUUCUUUAGCUGUUACUUGGCAGUUCCUGCCAAAGUGCCUUUUGGGUGGCAGGGGAAAAUAGCUGCUGAAAACUUAUAUAAAUCCACUUACUCUCCCCAUGGGUGAAAGAUGAGCUCAGACCUCUUUCGAACAGCACUGCAGAGCUAUCAGGCUGCAAUGUCAGGUCACAAUGUAUCGCGUGUAAAUACAGCUGGUUUGAGCUACCUCACCUUAUCAGUGGGCUGUAGGUAGUCUGUACAAAGAACCUAACAUUUCUAACAUGUUGACAGUCUCCCUAACCCCAGUGUAAGUUAUGGUUAAAGUGCCAAAACCAGGAGCUUUCUUAUUUCAGUACUGGAAAAUAAAGUGCUAUGUAUGAUACUACUUGUGUUUAAAAGCAAUUACGUGUAUAUUCAAGUAUGUGGCCUUUUAUCAAAGUCAGUCUUGUCUUUGUGAGAAAGCUUCAACUGAGUAUAGGAAAUCAUCAUUUAGUUAAGUCCAGACUGUGAAACUUCACUGCCAAACCCAUAGUCACUGUCCCCUCCCCACAAAACUUUUAAAGACAUGCUGACCAUUUGAAGAUGUAUAACACUAUACUAUACUGCACUGAUGUUUGAAAUAAGCUCAAGCAAUUAAAUGAGAUCUUUUGUAAAAUUAAA